AUGGAAGUGGAGUCUUGGGUUCCACCAGGGUUUAGAUUCCACCCCACUGAAGAAGAACUUGUGGGCUACUAUUUAACAAGGAAAAUUGCUUCUCAGAGAAUUGAUGUAGAGGUUAUCACAGACAUAGAUUUGUAUAAAAUUGAGCCCUGGGAGCUCCAAGAUAUAUGCAAGAUUGGAUGUGAGGAACAAGAUGGAUGGUACUUCUUUAGUCAUAAAGACAGGAAGUAUCCCAGUGGAAGUCGCACUAAUAGAGCUACAAAUGCUGGCUUCUGGAAAGCAACGGGUAGAGAUAAGGCUGUGGUUUCAAAGUCUAAAGUUAUUGGGAUGAGGAAGACUCUUGUGUUUUAUGAAGGUCGAGCACCAAAUGGAAGGAAGACCGAUUGGAUCAUGCAUGAGUACCGACUCCACUCGAUUGAACAAGGCCCUCCACAGGAGGAAGGAUGGGUAGUCUGCCGGGCAUUCAAAAAGCCAAGUCCAAGUCAGAGGCCAUGUUUAAGCACAUACAAUGCUAGCUACUACCUCAGAGAAAGUCAUGACUAUUAUCAAAUAAAUCAAAUGGAAACAGAUACAGGAGUAAACAACUAUAACUAUGAAUCAUUACACAAUCAUGAAAUUGGAAGCCAUGAAACUUACAAGGAGAACCAAAAUGUCUUUGAGAUCCCAAAGCUUGAGAGUCCCGCUGGCUUGCCAUCAUCAGGAUUGGCGACUAAGGAUUCUUUUGAAACUAGUAUCAUUGGCUAUGAUGAAGAAAAGAAUUGUGGAAGGGAUGAAAAUGGAGAACAAUUGAUUGACUGGAAGGUCUUGGAUAAUUUGCUUGCUUCACAGUUAAGUGAACCAGCUUCGUGUUCUUACUCGAAACCGUUAAUGGCUAAUACAGAUUAUGGAAGUGAUAAUAAUUGAAUAUGAUGACAUUAAUUCAAAGGAGUUCUACAAGAAAAUAGAUACAAAAUGAUUUGACAAAAUGUUUUACUUACCAAACCUGGACUUGUUCAUAUGAGCUGUUAAUUUAUAAGCUAGCUUCUAUUUCUAUAUAAUAUGUAAAAUUUCUAAGUCUAAUGAGU